AUGCUGCAGCAGGAGAGUGCGGCCAAUGGCGGGGCGGUCUAUCAGCCGCUCACGAGACCUGACGCAGUGGACCACCCCACUGCAGCAGAGGAGGGGAGGGCGGCAUCGUCCACUGGCAGCAGCAUCAUGACCAAUGUGGCAAGGGUGGCCGUCGUGUGUCUGCUGCUGAGUGUGCUGCUGUUCGGUGAGUGAGUGACCGGAAAGAGGGCCUCUGCAUCAUGCAUUGCAUUGCUGAUCUGUCUGUCUGGUGCUCUUUGGUAUAUGUCAGUGCUUAUCGACAGCUUUGCUUAUCGACAGCUGGAGCAUCUGUUAGUGGAGUUCGUGUCCUGGGUGCGGGGCAGCGGGGCCAAAGGGGUGGGCCUUUUUGUCGGUGUGUACGCCCUGGCUGUCGUCUUGUUCAUCCCCGCCAGUGUGCUCACCCUGGGGGCGGGCUUUGCCUUUGUGUCUGCCUAUGGUCUCGCAGAGGGUACGGUAGGCGGAGCGGAGGAGAUACAGACAGACAGAGGUCAACCAGAGAGAGAUGCACAGCACGUGUGGCGUGUGGCGUUGGUAUAUAUGUCAGGUUUGGCCAUCGCCAUCUCUGCCGUAUUUGUGGGUGCAUCGAUUGGGGCGGUCCUUGCAUUCGGCCUCGCUCGGUACGUCUUUCGGGGGUGUGUCCGUCGGCUGUCUGAGUCCAAUCGCCUCCUGGCGGCCGUCGACAAGGCCGUGGAGCAAGGCGGCCUGUACAUAAAUGUUCUCAUGCGACUCUCGCCAAUGAUACCGUUCACACGUAUGUUAUGUGUGCAAGGAAACCACCACACCCACACAUAUAACAUCCAAAAGCCGCUCUGUCUGUCUGUCCAUCUUGUGUGUGCAGUGUUCAACUACGUCAUGGGUUCUAGCCGGUGUCGAUUCGUCGACUACCUCGUCGGGCUGGGUGGCAUUCUCCCCGGCACCAUUGCGUACGUCUACAUCGGUGCGCUGCCCGCAUCGGCCGCAUCGGGCAGCCAAGGGGUGUCGGGGCAUGAGUCGGCCCUGGCACACGCCACCGAGAGCUCGACGGCAGUGGUGAUCCGGCAUGUCUUCCUGGUGUUGGGGCUGAUUGCGAUGGUUGGUGCGCUGGUUGUCAUCAGCCGACUGGCGAGAAGAGCUCUCACGGUGAGGAUGGAUUCGAGAGCACACGAAAGGGCGAAGGAUUGUGGGUGUGCGCGCGAGUGUGUGUGCAGGAUGCGCUGAGCGAAGACAGCCAGCAUGAGCCACUGAGGCGAGAUGAGGUGGAAGGGUCGGAGGAGCAAGACACUGACAAACGGACUACUUGAUGCGUGUCAGUCAGUGAAUUGCUGCAUUUGCGCGACAUGGUUGUCGGUGAUGGUGUCCAGACGGAGACCUGGUGCGUUGCCUUGUGCCCUGUUAGUGUUGAAUGUGAGGUCAAAAAUCC